AUGGGUUACGAACUCUUACAAAAACGACCAAGAAGAGAAUUAUUUCGUUCAGGUGUUGUACCUAACUGUAAGAAAAAAAAAUUGUUAAAUGAAGAAGUUGACGAAGCAGUUGUUAAUGAUAAUGUUGAUAAUGUUGUUAAUGAUGAAUUACCAUGUCAAUCAUCAUCAUUCUUUUCACCAGUAUCGGAACAUUCCUAUUUUUCAUCAUCAUUAACUCAGCAAUGUGAGGGAUGUAGCUACAAGAAAAAUGUUAUCGAUUCUCUUGUAUCAAAAAUAAAUAUGUUAACAUCACAAGUUAAAACUGCCAACAGAGUGAAAGUCUUCAAUACUAAAAAAAGUGUUUUUACAUGGCGAAAAAUAAAGACAGACCAAAAAAUGAAUUUUUACACUGGCAUAGUAUCUAUUGCCAUGUUUGAAUCAGUAUUUCAACUUUUGAACCCAUACUUAUCUAAGAUAAGAUACUGGAGAGGCCCUAAACGUGCAAAUAGCUACAGCAAAGUCAAACGUACUUAUUCUACUCCAGCAAACAAAAUCCUUACACAUCGUGACGAAUUUUUGCUAACUUUGAUGACGUUGCGUUUAGGUUUACUAAAUGAAGACCUUGCUGACCGCUUCGGAAUUUCACCCACUAUUUGUUCCAACACUUUCACUACAUUGAUACAGAUUUUAAGCAAAAUUCUGGGCAACGCUCUUGUUGUAUGGCUACCAAGAGAAGCGAUUAGAGACAAUUUACCUGAUGCCUUUAUUAAAACUGGACACUCGAAAUGCAGAGUAAUUAUUGACUGUACAGAGGUGUUUAUUGCAAGACCAAAAUCUUUACCAAACCAAGCAGCUACAUGGUCCGACUACAAGCACCACAACACAAUAAAAUUCUUAAUUGGUAUAUCACCUGCAGGUUUCAUAACAUUUUUAUCUGACUGUUAUGGUGGUCGGGCCAGCGAUCGAUAUAUAACAAAGGAUAGUGGGUUUUAUGAAUUGUUAGAACGGGACAACAAAGUAAUGGCUGAUAGAGGGUUUCAAAUAAGAGAAGAACUACUGCUAAAAUUUUGUAGCUUGAGUGUUCCACCUGGUGCUAGAAUUAAAAGUCAGAUGACAUCAACUGAGUGCAAGAACACUAAAGAAAUUGCCAAUCUACAAAUACAUGUGGAGCGUGCUAUUAAUCGUGUGAAGUUCUACCGCAUCUUGAAAACUGUUUUACCUAUUACUAUGAGGCAGCAUGCUGAUGACAUUGUCAAGGCAUGUGCUGCUCUAUGUAAUCUUAAGCCCAGACUUAUACGUUAA